AAAUGAAUAAAGGUGAAGAAGAGGAAUACAUCCCACCUCCAGUUGAGCCGAGAGGACAGAACCAAGUCGCUGACAGCCGUGGAACUAUCGAAAGAAAUAAGAGAAGGUUUGUAGAAGAGAUUACCAAGAUCAGACUCGAUACUGAUGAAGCUGAAAAUGACAGAAGGAUCAAGGAAAAUAAAGAAAAGGACCAGAGAUACGAUGACAUUCAAACUGAAGUUCAUAAUAGCUACCAAAAGAACAUCCAGAUUGACUUUACCUGGGAAGAACUUGAAGAAAAGGAGGAUUGUGAAGAGCUUGCCCAAGAAAUCGAAAUGCAGAAGGCCAAGUGUCAGUCUAUUAUUCAAACUAAGGAGAAGUUAAUCAAACAGUUCCAGGAUACCCUCAAAGGAAAGGAUGCUGAGUACCAUAAAUCUCUGGAAACUCAGUCCCUAAACAUUGAUAAGUUGAUUGAAAUAAUGAGGAGACAAUUCAAUGCAAUGAGAGAUGAGUACAACACCCAGCUCAAUGAAAUCGAAGCAGCAUACAAAAAGGAAAGAGAAGAAGUUUUAAAUCGAAACAAUGAAGAAAUUAACAAAUUAUUUGAAAAACACCAAAAGACAGAAGAAAUGUUCCUCGAUAGGAGAACUAAGGAUGAGGCAAAAUAUGCCGAUGAAUUAGAGAACCUGAGAUCUAGUGAGGCCAAUGAUCAACAAGAGAGUAAGAUUAAGCUUGAAAACGAACUCCAGACCUUGCAAAAAUGUAUGGAAGACAUGAAAGCUGUCUAUAAACUUAACGAAGAAAAGCUUGAUUUCAAUCUCCGUGUGUUGAAGGAAAGAGAAGAUCAUAACAAGACACAAAAGACUAACAUGAUCAAGAGAUUGAACAAAUUGAAAAAUAGAAAGAGAAAGCUUGAAGAAGACUACAAAAAGGAGAAUACUAAACUCAAAAAUAAAAAUAUCGAACUUACAAAUUCAUAUAAAAGAAUUACACUACAGUUUAAAGAACUCCAGAAGAAAUUUAGAAGAUUCAAGAAAAGUGAUGAAAGAAGAUUCGAAGAGAUUUGGUUCAUGAACCAGAAUGAGGUAUAUGCACUAGUCAACAAGAUCUCCCAAGCUGAUAGGGUCAUCCAUGAACAACAAUUAGGAAUUGAGUGGAAACCUCCAACUGAUCCAGCUUUUAAUAAUCCUGACUUGAAGGCACAUGUUUCACAGACAAACCAGAAUGUCUCAGUAGCUGAAUCGCAGGGACAGUCUAAAUUAGACAUUGGAGAUACUCAAUCUCACCUCACUGGAGCAGAGAAAACAGAGGAAGGAAAGAUUCCUAUUUCAAAGAUCAAGGCGGUAUUCCAACUUCUAAUUGAAGAGAUGCCUUACCUCAUUGAAGACAAAAUCGAGCUUGAAUGUCAAAACCUAGAUCCAAGAACUGCCUUCAAGCGUAGACUUGACGCUGUGAGAAAGUCUCUAGAUAUCACAGAGAAGACAACUCUUUACAUGCUAGUGAACACUUUUUAUGAAUAUUCAAAAAACAAUGAUGAAGAAAAAUCUAAUGAAAAUGAAAUUCCUAUCGAAGCCAAUGAUGAAGACGAAGAACUUGACAUUGAAGGAUAUGAGAUCCUUGAUGUCCUCAGACAAUUCCAACAGAGGAAAGAAGAGUACCUCAGUAAUGCUAUGCUCACCGGAAAUCCUAGGAGCAAAAAGAGGCCUACCUUCCAAAAUGAAGAGCAGAAGAAAGAACUUGAUCAGAAAGCUGAGAACUAUAUCUGGCAGAAGAUGACCACUAUCCUCGAUGAGAGAAAACUGAGCGUAUGGAAGGCCCUUGAUUCAGCCUUUGCUAAGUACUACCAGCUGUUGGUUGAUAGAAAGAACCUGAUCGAAGACACAGCGUUGCUAAACACUCAGAAUGAGGAGCUUAAGACUCUUUUGAACCAAUAUCUUCAUGCUGGAGUGAACCAUGAGCUCAAAAUUCCUCCUACACAAGUGAUCAGAUUGGAUAUGUAAAUUCAGGAAUAAACCAAUAUUU